CGGUCUCAUACUGGGGAACGACCCUAUGUUUGUCAGUACGACAACUGCACCAAAGCUUUCAGCAAUUCAUCCGACCGGGCGAAACAUCAGAGGACUCAUAUCGACACUACAUCGAGCACUUCAACUUCAACAUCAAUCUCCGGACUUGAAGACAACUCAAUGCCCAAUAUGUUUAGAGAUCACAGAAGUCUGAACUCAUCGUUGAAUUCUUCGUUCAACGGAAGCUUUUCGAGUUCAUUGUCGCAGUCGUGGGGAGGCGUGAGUUCGCCGCUCAGCUCGUCCUGUAUUUCGCAUAAUUUCACUACAGAAGUGCCUAAAAUGGUUAGACCCCUAUCAAUGGCCAGUUCAUACAAUGCUGGAGUUUCUGGCGGUGUAUCCAGUGCUCAGUACUGGCAAAGCGAACGACAAGUUCAUAGCAAUUAUAAUCACGCAAAUAGUUUGGCUAACAUAUUGGCCAACACUUCAAUUCAAGGGUUAACUAAUCAGCACAUUUCUAAACUGUUAGCACCCAUACCUAACUCAACUCAAUCCAAUGCUAAUCAAUUCAAUCAAAUCAACGAUAAUUCUAAUUAUUAUCAAUAAAUUAUUUUAAUACAACACUAUUUUAAAUAUUAAUUAUCUCAACC